GAGGCGAAGACUUCCGGCUUGGUGGACACGUGGUUCCGUGUCUGUCUGCCUGUCAGAGUGUGAUAAUAUUUAACCUUUUUUUUUAAUUCCUUUUAAAACAUUUUCUUCUGGCGGCGUUUUUGUUCUUUUAGCUACUUCAUAAGAUUAACUGCUGCCCACAAGUGUGUUUUUUUGUGAAGGUGUGUUUCUAUGUGUGUGUGAGAGAGAAGUAGACAGAGUAAGACAAGUAGCUACCGGUCGUUCCGCGUUCUCCUCCCCGACAUCCCGCCUCGUCGUGUCGGUCAUGACGCUGGAAUCGAUCCGCUAUCGGAGUGGGUCUCUUCAGAUCCUGAACCAGCUGCUGCUGCCUCAUCAGACGGUGUUUGAUGACAUCCGGUCCGUCCAGGACGCCUACGAGGCCAUCAAGUCAAUGAAGGUAAGAGGUGCUCCAGCCAUUGCUAUUGUGGGCUGCCUCAGCUUGGCGGUGGAAUUACGAGCAGGUGCAGGCGGCGACGAUCCUGUGCCAUUCAUUCGGGAGUCUUUGUGUCACCUUACCUCAGCCCGGCCCACCGCCGUCAACAUGGGCCGCGCUGCCCGCGAACUGAUGGAGUUUGCUGAGAACGAAAGCAUGGAGAAGAACUCUGAACAGCUGAGAGAAAGUGUAAUAGUCUGGAUUGAAGACAUGCUGGAGCGAGACGUAAAUGACAACAAGAAGAUCGGUAACUAUGGCGCUCAGCACAUCCUGUCUGGCGUGCCAAGAGACUCUGUGACCAUCCUCACUCACUGCAACACGGGCUCACUCGCCACUGCUGGAUAUGGCACUGCACUGGGAGUGGUACGAAGCCUCUACACGUUGGGCAGGCUGAAGCGUGUGUACUGCACAGAGACCAGGCCGUACAAUCAGGGCUCUCGGCUAACUGCAUACGAGGCGGUUGCAGAAGGAAUCCCAGCCACACUCAUCACAGACAGCAUGGCAGCCCUCACCAUGAGAGAAAUGAACAUCUCAGCCGUGGUCGUAGGAGCAGACAGGGUGGUUGCUAACGGUGACACGGCCAAUAAAGUGGGAACAUACCAGCUGGCAAUAGCUGCCAAGCAUCAUGGGAUACCUUUCUACGUAGCUGCACCUAGCACCUCAUGUGACCUGAGCCUGGAGAGCGGCAGGGACAUCAUCAUCGAAGUUCGCCCCUCUGAGGAACUCACCAGUAUUAAUGGAGUUGCCAUUGCUGCCCCAGGUAUCGAGGUGUGGAACCCUGCAUUUGACGUGACCCCCCAUCAGCUGAUCACAGGAGGCAUCAUCACAGAGUUGGGGGUCUUCCUGCCCUCAGAGCUCCAAGCUGCUCUCACUGGCCGCCUCACUGCUCUUUAGAGCAACACCUGCUGGCGUGUGUGCGCAAAUGCACCUUAAGACACACACAAACACACACACACACACACACACACACAAGGAAGUUUGUAUUGCAAGCAAGUUGUUUCUAAUUCUCACAAAAACUCUGCAGGGAGUCAAAGAGACAAAUUAACCUUCUCGAUUAUUUUCUUCUCACAAGAAUUGUAGAUUUUUCACGUUGCUCACGACAAUUGUUUCUCUUUUGAACACCUUUCAAAAUGACAAACUGCCAAGCAGUCAGUUUCCUCACGUGCGAAAUGUGUAUAAAUGCAAACGCACAACUUCCUGCUGCUACCGUGUACAUAAUGUACAAAAACAAACACUGCUAGUUUCAAUCAUGUUAUAUUAACAUUUCAUUUAAGUCUUUGUGUACCUUCUGUAGUAAUGACAGACUCAUCUCUAGCUAUAAUAGCAACAAUGUUUUUUGCCGAGCGGACAAUUUGAAUAUGUUAGUUGUAUUUAUAUUUCAUGGCAUCUUUGUAUUUAGUGUCACAUUUACUUUGUUCAUUUAAGAACGUAAUGGAAGUUUCAUGAACUUUCACCUUUACAGGUCAACUUCAUUUUUAGAAAAUCCCUUUUGACACAAUUUGAUGUUUUUCCAACAAGUGAACCGUAAAUUAAUUAGUAAUUAUAUUCAUGCUGUUCACAUUUUCAUAUCACAGCAAGCUAUUGAUGAACACAAUUUGGCCACUAAGCCUGGAUUGUCAUUGGAAGACAAAAUAAAUUAUGAAAUAUAUAUUCUAUUGUGAAAGUUACAAUAAUUAAGUUCACCUGUAAAGUUAAUGUAUUAUAUAUAUACGUUAAUACAUUUUCACUUCAUCCUGAACUUCAUGUGAGUAGUAUGUGUUGCCAUGCUAAGGUUCACAGUACUACACUGUACUAAUAUACAGUACUGCAAUGUAAACUGUGGAUAAAGAAAACACCACCAAAGCAUCUUCGAAUAAACGCGCGCCAAUAAAGCAACA